AUCGUAAUAGGAUCUGUGGAAACUCUGCAGCCCGUUGUCUCUGUUGUCUCAACUGCAAUAAUUUGGCACCACGAGGAACAACUGUGCAUUUUUGACCUUGGGUUUUUGUGCUACUGUUGAUGUCUGACUUUAUAUUGAUGGUUUCCAGACUUUUAUUUGACACUUGACUUCUAAACAGCCAUAAAUAGUGCUCUGCGUUUCGUCCAUUAUUCAAACGUGCGUAACUGAGGAUGCCAAUUUGACUUCAAGGCUUAUUAAACGUACACCUGAUAAUGCCUGUUAUAAAGAGCAAGGCAGCUAUCACACUAGAGGAACCCUGGCUCACCUGUCAGGGGGACCCGGCUAUUGUUGGAAGUGUUGACCUACACGAGCCCGUGUGGGUCAAUAAGUGAAUAAUAGAAAAUAUCUGCUGUGCGUUGGUAUGGGGUUUCUGAUUAUAGGCAUGUCCACAAAUUAAAUGAACAGAGAUGAAAGUGCUUACUUUUGAUAGAAAUCCUUGGUUUUAGUUGGUACUCUAAAGACUUGGUUCUGUACACUUGUUGAGUCCUAAUGCAUUGGUUAUGUCUUAAUAAAGUAAUUUUCAUUUACAAUCAGAGUGCCAUGAGUGCUUGAAAACAACACCAAGGACUUCCAUCAAAAGUAAACUGGACAGUUAUUGUUUUAAUUUUCACACACAUUUCUAUAUUUUGUUAUUCCAAUAACACGCUUUUUUUUAGCGAGUGUUAUUUCUUACUUAAUCGUAGUUGCUCUCACCCUUUCUCUGCUUUUAUAGCUGCAAUUGACCUAUGCUCCCCCACCUGAUAUAAAACAGAGAAAGAGGGAGAGCAAAAAGCACACACACAAACGCAUUCACAGACUCACACACACAUAUCUCAUUACCAUUCUCCAGAUAGUGCAGCCAGUGGGUGUUGCAAAAGGAGGAGCGAGGGAGAGCAAGAGAGAGGGGAAGAGAGGGAGGACAGGCAGGGAACCAGCCUUAUAGAGAAGGAGAGUACGAACAAGACAGCGGGAGAUACGCGUGGGAACAGCAGCACACUAAAUAGAGACAGAGCAGCGUUUGCAGAACAACAUAACCUGUGUGUCUGUCCUUCUGCGUGUGUGAGUGUGUGAGCUCAGUGUGUUUCCACGGUUCUCCUGAGGCCGUGGCAGCCAUGGCAUCAGAGCCUAGCACCCAGUCCAGGGUGAUGUUCCAGGCGGGGGACAAAACCGAGGAGCCGGCGCACCGCAAGCUGGGCAAGCUGACAGUCAAAUACAACCGUAAGGACCUGCAGAGGAGGCUGGAUAUCGAGGAGUGGAUCGACGGACAGCUGCACCUGCUGUUUGACUGCGAGGAGGAAGAGAUUCCAGAGUUAGAGAUUGACAUAGAUGAACUCCUGGAGCUGACGGACGAGGGCCAGAGAACCCGUCUGCAGGAGCUGUUGCAGGAAUGUAGAAAGCCAAAAGAGGAUUUUAUCAACGGGCUGCUCUACAGGAUAAAGGGUCUACGCAAAAUGUCAGGUCCGUUGAAGAAAUAAUUAUAGGUCAACUAAAGAAUUGAGACAAUGUGGAGCCUCCGAUCUUCCCAUCUCCCACGUGUCAACCGCAACAUGUCAGUGGGACUCUCUUCCUGCCCUCCCCCCCCAGUAUCAGUCUUAACACCAGAGGAGUUUUCAAUGGAUUUUUUUUUUAUUCUUUCACUUAAAUUCAUUGACUGCUAUAACAUUUGUCCUCCCAUAAACAAACCAAUAAUGCACAUGUGAUCAAAGAUGUACUGACUUUUGUUUUGUUUUUGCGUAAGACUGUACAUUUUUUCGGUUGCCUAUUUAUGUACAUAAAUAUUUUUUGUUCUGAUAACAGUGUUGUAUGUGGAAAUAAAAUUAAACAUUUUCAAGA